UUUUGUUCACUCUUCUUGGCUUUAAAAAUAUGACCCGCGACGUUUUCAUUUUAAUCUGCAAUGUUUUUGUGAACAUAGAUAUGUAUUUUAUAAGUCUUUAUCCUCUAAAUCCUUAAAUCGGCCAGAACAGAGAGGAAUCAAUAGGUUAACUGAGGAUCGAUACGUGACGCGUGGAGAUCCUCGGAUUUUAUUGGACAAUUAACUGGUUCAUAUUUAAUAAGUGUCGCAUAAGUAAUGACAUCAAAAAUGUUGAAAGGACGAUGCAUUCUCAUCGAUGGAGGUCACAAACCGUAGAAAAUGUGAGCUAAUUUUACACCGUACCUCUUUAAUGAACUGGCAUACUGUGUUAAAAUGAGAAAAUCUUGGCUAAUAUUGUGUCAGUUACAUCUAUCGCAUCCCCAGCAGCAGAAUCCGAGACGAGCAUCGUAGUUUGUCAGGAUGACAACUAGACGACCAUCCCUGCCUCCCAUGCCAGACCUCAGCCAUCUAGACGAGGCAGAGAGGAAGAUUAUUGAGGAUGUUAUCAGGAGACAACAAGAGGAGGAGGAUAAAGAACAAGAUAUGAUUAGGCAAAUGAAGCUGGAUUUGGACACAUAUGCUCAGUCUGUUGGUAAAAUCUCUGAGGAGGCCAAGAAAGUUGGAGGGCCUCAACAAGACACCGGUGCAGUGUGUCAGAUAUGUCAUAAAACCAAAUUUGCUGACGGAGUGGGGCAUAAAUGUCACUACUGUCAGCUGAGGUCAUGUGCAAGAUGUGGUGGGCGCAUUGCCUUGAAACAAAAGCCGACCAAACCUGGAAUGGAAGAACCUAAACCGGUACAAAGCUCAUCUACUACUGCUAGUCAUGUCUGGGCUUGUAAUAUGUGUAAGAAAAAGCAAGAGAUUUUGGCUAAAACAGGUCAAUGGUAUCACGGUGAAAUGGCAAAACCAGUGCAAUUUGAUGUAGAAACUCCGUCAGGCAGUGAAACAGUCUCAAUCAAAACUGACGUUAGCCCGCCUAACGAAAAACGAGCAAAAAUGCAUGAAAAAUACUCUGACAGUGGACAAAGUUCAGAAAAGGAAAACAUUGAUAAGCGACCUAUUUCUCGGACAGGAAGUCAACAUAGGGAUAAGUUUAACCGCCAGUAUUCAUUAGAUGCUCAACAAAAAAGUCAUAGUGAAUCAAAAGAGAGACUAAGUGAAAGAACCAAUCCAGGAAUGGAUAAGGAUAAGUUACGAGAAAGAGGUCAAAUUCCUGAACGUCAAGGUCGAGGUCGUGACCGUUCACCAGCUGCUCCUAGACAUCAUAGCGAAUCGAGAUUAUCAGAAACUGAUAGGAGAUAUAUGCAAGAAAAUAGGCAUGGUGAUCGUUAUGGGUCUUCUCAAAGUAGAUCUCGUGAGGCAUCAACAGGUCGAGGGUCAACUGAUGAAUUAAAACAUUUCGACAAGAAAGAUAGUCAUAGAUCUGGGGAUGAAAGGGAUAGUCGAAGAGACACGUCACAUGACAAAUCUCGUCUCAGAGGCAACAAUGAGGAAAGUAUGUCUGGUAGAUCUUCUAGAGAGGGCCGUCCAAGCAGAGAUGACCAUUAUAAACAUACCACAAAUUCUUACCAAGAGUCAAACCAAGACUAUGCACAAAACAAAUGGGGAGAAUCUCAAAAUAAACAACACAUGCCUUCACAUCAUAGGGACAAUGUCCAAACAGGAAAAAGUGAAAGACACCCUAGUGGUCGACAUCCACGGGAUCGGCUGCCAAGUGCUGGAAAAGAUAGACGAUCCCCAACUCCGAGUGAUCGGAGAAAAGACGAUAUUUAUGAUCAACGUGUGUCUUCUUCUUCUCAAAGUCUUUCUUCCAAACACCAUAAUAUACGUAUUGAAAGAACUAGUGACUCCCCUUCAUUAAUGGAAAACAAUAAUGAAAAUGUACGUUACAGUUACGACAAACAACACUUAGAUCCAAGUACUGCUGCUACUGGCAGAAACUCUCAAAACAAACGUAGUCGCAAACUGGAAACUAUGUUAAGGAAUGAUUCAUUAAGUUCGGAUCCCUCAGACACUUCACGACCACCUCCACCGAAACCUCAUAAAAAUAAACGAGGUAAAAAGACUCGUCAACAUUCCCUUAGUAGCUCUGAUGAUGAGAUCCGAUCAACUCCAGAAUGUUCUAGUGGUGAAGAACAAGAAAGUGAAAGUAUAAUAAGUGAGAAAGGAUUUAAGCCAAAGCAUGUGUACAUAUCUUCAAUGUAUUCAUCAAGUCUUUACAAAGCUGAUUUCUCCAGCGAGCCUUUAAAGGAUUCGGGUAUAGACACGGGACACUCAAGUAGUUCACAAACUCUUAAUGAAGACAGUUCAAAGCACCCUGUGACAUGGCAAAAGUCGGCAGAUAAUCGUAGAUGGAUAGGUCACAUGAUAUUGAAGAAGACAGUCUUGGAGGGUGGCAGUCAAGAUGAUUCUGGGGCCAUACUGGGUUUAAAGAUUGUUGGUGGCAGACGGACAGAUGCUGGUCAGUUUGGUGCUUUCAUUACAAAGGUCAAGAAAGGCAGCAUAGCAGAUACUGUAGGGCAUUUACGACCAGGUGAUGAAGUGGUUGAAUGGAAUGGUAGAUGUCUACAGAGAGCUACUUUUGAGGAAGUCCAUGACAUUAUCUUAGAAUCUAAACAAGAACCACAAGUAGAACUUAUUGUGCAUAGAAGUGUCAGUAAUGGUGAGGUACCACCAGGGGUCCACGUUGACCACAUAAAAGGUUACAAAGAAGAUUCAAAUGACAGAAAUAGACCAAAUCUUAGAGUGAUGUCCCCUGCUUCAUCAACAAGUCAGAGAAGUCAUCAGUCUCCAAUGUCACUUGGAAAAUUACAGCUGAAAAUGUGGUACCAGCAUAAAAGUUUUGAGCUGAUAGUGACAAUCAUUUGUGCUGCUGGUCUUCCCUUUACGGAGCAAGGCAAAGUCCGUAAUCCAUACUGCAAAUUGUAUCUUCUGCCAGAUAGAAGUGAGAAAAGCAAAAGAAGAACAAAAACCAUAGCAAGUACUAACGACCCGACCUGGAAUCAAACAUUUAUGUAUUAUCCAAUAAAAGAAUCCGACUUCCGAGACCACAUCCUGGAAGUUACUGUAUGGGAUUAUAACAAACAUGGUGCUAGUCAAUUUAUGGGGGAGGUGCUUAUAGAUUUGAAUACAGCCAAUAUGAUUGAUGACCCUUAUUGGUACCAUCUUAGUCACCAUGACAACUCCAGUAUACCACUCCCACAGUCAUCUCCCAGAACAAAAUCGAGUCAAGAUCCUUAUGAUCUACGUCAUCGUCACUUAUCUCCCCCUACCAGUUCCCGUGGCCUGAGUGACAGCGAUGUGUCAGAGUUCGACAUUGAUGACAGCAUUGGCGUUAUUCCAGGUCAAGAAGAUUUAAAUGAAAGAAGCAGAGGAUCGCGUAGAGGAGAAAGAGGAGAAACUCUCAACAUUCCUGGUGAUAAAAGUUCACGCAGGUCAAGGUCACCAGUUCCUGUAGAACCAGAACGCUCACGUCAUAGGUCAAGGUCUCCUUCAGCUUUUCACCAUGUGCCUGAAAAUGUAUCUCGCUCACUGUCUCCUGCUAGAACAUCAAGUUCACCAGUUCGGCUUGUUGGAACCUCACCUUCCAGUACACCAUCACCUAAGAAACGUCAACUACCAUCAAUACCAUUAGAGGCACAGCUCAGAAGUCGGGAUAAAGAUUUUUGGCUUAAUUUUCCAGUGACACAGGACCUUGAAAAAAGAGCGCAGCAAAUUCGCAUGAGAAUCAAACCAUCACCUGGGUCCGAUUCAGAAUCUCGUAGGGGGCGCAUUUCAGAUUCUGAGGGUUACCGACCAGGACGUAACUCCAGCAGUCGAGAUAGAACAAGGGGUUCAUCCUAUGACCGAGGAGAUUUUUCCUAUGAAAGGGAAAGAGGAAGAGAGUUUGCCAGAGUUCAUCCUGGAGGACACAGAUCUAAACGAAAAGAAUUCAGUCCUGAAAUUGAUGAUAUCGGCAGUGAUGCAUCUGAGACCAGUGAUAUGUCUGAAGUUUCAAAAGUCAGUAUUAACAGUUACAUGUCUACACAGUCAGAAAGACCACAAAGAAAAUUCAGUGAAUUUACCCAAAAGAUGGAAAGCAAGUCUACCACCAUGCAGCGACGACAACAGGUAGCCAGAUCUGGUAGUAAUGACGGUCAAGGAGGGUAUGAAAAGUCAGAUGGUAGUUUGUCAGACUCGGCUUUAAGUGCACCUGUCACAGAGGGUCGAUCAAGGAGGAGAACUAGUAUUAGUAAUAAAAUGGCUAAUUUUGUCAAUCUACCGUGGAAAAGUAAUAGUGCUACACAGCUGGCAGAGAGUAAAAAGAGAAGUAGUGUACAAAGAAGUGAAGAAGUAAGAACAUCUGGUGAUAUUCACCUUUCUAACAGAAUAUCAAAACAGGCCAGUAAAGAGUCCACGGACGGCAGUAUAGGGAGCAUUAGUAGUGAUUCUGGAAGUGUUGUAUGGUUGCCUACAGGGAUGAGAUUAGGACCAGAGGGACAGUUUGGAGAGUUUAUUGAAGGUCUAGGUCCUGCCCAGCUAGUUGGCAGGCAGGUACUAGGAUCACCCUGUCUAGGAGAGAUACAGUUAGGCCUGUAUGAUAGGAAAGGGCACCUUGAGGUGGAAGUUAUAAGGGCUCGUGGAUUGAUGUCAAAGCAAGGAGCAAAGAUAUUACCAGCCCCAUAUGUAAAAGUAUAUUUGAUUGAUGGUAAGAACUGUAUAGAAAAACAGAAGACAAUAGUGGCUAGAAGGACCCUUGACCCUCUAUACCAACAACAGUUAGUGUUUACAGAACAGUAUAUUGGAAAGAUUUUACAGGUGACUGUGUGGGGAGAUUAUGGCAGAAUGGACCGUAAAGUGUUCAUGGGAGUGGCACAAAUUCUACUGGACCACUUAGACUUAACAAACAUUGUGAUUGGCUGGUACAAGUUGUUUACUAGCUCCUCAUUGGUUGGUCAUCACUCAUCAACAUCAACGUUAGGACAUUCACGUAAAGGCUCAACUACUUCACUCGACAGUGGAUAUAAUAAUAAUAAUCUACGAUCGUAGUAUUUAUACAUAUUAGAAAUUUCCCUUUUUUACUUAUACAACAUAAUUCAAAUUUAGACUUUAUACGUAACUGUUGAUUAUCAUCAAGCAUUAUAUAUACUAAUCUUUCAUCACCAUGUCACAUGUGUUUAACGUGAUCAACUUUUAAAUCUAAAUACUGUGGAUUCAUUUUGUUUUCGUAGGUACCAGUUUACCUGGAUCAGGAAAAAUUUUAGGGUGUGGAUACUUAAUUUCAUGGUUUCCUAACUUUUUUUAAUACAAGCCUUAAUAGCUUGCUGUUUGCUUCGAGCCAAGAGCCUGUGUUAAAGGCCUUACUUUGACCUAAAAUGGUUAACAUUUUACGAAUUGUGACUUGAAUGGAGAGUUGUCUCAUUGGCACUCAUAUCACAUCUUCUCAUAUCUGCCUAAGGAUGUACUUCGGAAAUGUUAGGUGAAAUUAAAAGAAUAUAGAAUUUAAAAUGGAUACUAUGUCAGAAGGGCAUUAAUUAGGUAAGAAAAUAUGGUAAAAAGGUUAAUUGGUCAUAGAGCUCCUUUUUAAGAUAUUUUUUAAAUUAGCAGGAAAUGGUGGAUUUGGAUUUUUAUCACAUAUUUUGAUAUUGUUAUUAUUUGCGUCUCAAAUCAAAAGCAAAGAAAUCUAAAAUCUGCUUAAUUUUGGCAGAUGACCUCUUAUGAGCUAUUGGAGUCUUGUAUGAAAAGACAAAUGUGUGUUAUGGGGCAAAAUAUUUUACCCUAUUUUUUUGGGGAAAAAACCAAGGAGUCCGAACAUUGGAAAAAAUUCCUAAACCUGACCUAAUGUACAUUCUUAAGUGACUAUAACAAUAUAGGAAAUUAGAUCAGAAAAUUUGAAUUUAAUGUUUUCAUAUACCCAUGAAGUUUUGUACCACACUAUUAAUAAUGAAUACACAGUUACAGGUAGUUUAAUGUUUUUAUUUAUUUAUUGUUUUCAUUCAACCUUUUCUUUGGCUUAUGUAUCUUUGAUUAUUUAUUUUUUUUUAAAUAAUUUUCACAGAAAUAGUUUUUAUUUACUUGAGCCUUAAACUUUUUUUAAUCACUGCUUGAGAUGUCAAAAGUUAUGCAAUUUCACAUAAUUCAAUGAUUAGCUCUAAGCACAUUGUACCUUUUGAAAUUUAUACACAUUUUAAUUCCUAUUAUUUGUUCUAUUUUGGACGUUUUUGUGGCAUUACAAGCUUAAGCAAUUACGUAAAUACAUAAACUUAAAUGAAUAUAUAUAGUAUGGAGGGCUGUCUUAGACAUGAAUAGGGAUACUGCAGAUUCAUUUAUUUUCGGGGGGUACUAAUUUUCAUAGAUUGAGGAGAACUUCCAUAUUUGUGGAUAUUUAAAUUCAUGGUUUUUGGAAAAGUUAGCAUACAUUCCUGUAGAAAAUUUGUGUUUCAUUGAAUAUUUAAAUUUGUGAUUUCCAUGUUCCCACGAAAUCCUCAAAAAUUAGUAUCCAUAUUAAUGAAUCCACAGUAAAUGCAGAUGGUAUAUCAAAGAAUAUUUGAUGGAUGGGGACUUUGAAAAUAAGACUUCAGAAAUAAAGACAAAUUAAAGUACAAACUGACAUCCUGAAAUUUUUAGUAAGGUCUGGGAGAAAAGGAUGGAUAACUAUCAGGCAACACAGAGAUUUUUUUCAAUGAUUAUUAUAAUUAAGCACAAUUUGAAAAAAAGAGGUUUUCAAAGAACCAAACUCUGUAUCAGUUGGCCUGGGAAGAAAACUCUAAAGUUUAUUGCAUAGUUUGAUGAAACAAAUAGCCCUUUGACCCAACAAGUUAACCAUUGUAUUAGCUCAUAUUAAAAAACUCUUUUUUAUACAUUUUUUGGCAUCGUCACUUCUUGCAAAUCAAAUUAUUUCAAAUGUUGUUUUUUUUUUUUUUUUUAUCUAAGACAUGUUUAAAAUUAGAAAUUUGGAUCUGUAUGAUUAGUAAUAAUAUUAUAACAGUUCAUUGUGGGAAUGCUAGAGUAUAUAUAAGUUAUAUAAAAAGAUAAAUGGAUGUUAGGGGGCAAAAUAUUUUACCUUGUAUCUUAUGGUAAACAACCAUGCAAGGAUUCCAACAUCUAACACAAAUUCCAAAAACCUCACAUAAGAACAUCCUUAACAUACUUUUAUAUUACUCAAAUCCGAUUUGUUUUGGAUUUUAUGUGUCAAUGAUUAUAUGAUUAGGAUAGAGAUGAUGUUGAAGUAACAAUAAACAAAAUUAACUCAUGUGCUCCAGGAAAAGAAUAUUUAUUUAAACCAAGUAUAUUAGCCACCUUUACCUUAUCUGCUAAUAAAAAUUUAGUCAUACAAAAAAAGAUCAAUCAUUUUUUCAGGAAUUGUUCAUUUUCACAGAGAUCUAAAAAGUUUUACAUUCUAAAGAAUGCAUUUGGUUUCAAAAACUCAUGUUAUACACAAUUUUUUUUUGGGAUAGUACAGUUCGUCUAAAAUCUCAGAGAUACAAGGCCUAUAAUGUAGUAUGUCAGAUACAAGUUUGGUCAAAAUCAGACCCUUCUGUGCUUCUGGAAUCUAAAUAGAAAGAAAACCAAUUCAAUUACAAAUUUGAAAAGCAUUGAAAACCAAAAAUAUCUAAAACCUAUCUAUUCUGAACCUAAGGAUUUGUAUUAAAAAUGAAAAUAUUUGUUUUCUUAAACCUUAAUAUAUUUCUCCAUAACACUUCUGAUGCAUUGAAAGUUGGUUGACACUUUUGUAGUUUUUGGGAUAAUAUUUUUCCAUAA